AUGUGUGUGGAGGUCCCGCACAGGUACAGCGCUACGGUGGGGGGAGACGGGGACCGGGAGGCCAUAAAUCUGAAGAAAGGGGAUGCUGCUAUGCGGCUGAGAACCAUCCUCGAGCAGAGGGACAAGAUGAUCAAGGAAGGGAAGUACACGCCGCCUGAUUACCACAAGGGCAAAGAGGAGCCGCGGCCUUGA